AUGCCUUUGGUGUGUUUGACAGACUUCGAGGCACAUGCACACAAGCGGCUAUCUAAGUUAACUUGGGAUUUUAUUGAAGGCGGAGCUGAUGAAGACAUCACACGGAAUGACAACACAGCUGCAUUUAAAAGGAUCCGCCUGCGCCCCCAGUACCUGAGAGAUGUGUCAGAAGUGGACCUCAGGACCACCAUCCAGGGAGAGGAGAUCAGCGUUCCCAUCUGCGUUGCACCCACAGCCUUCCACUGCUUUGUCUGGCCCGAUGGGGAGAUGAGCACAGCCCGGGCUGCCCAAGCAGCUGGCAUCUGCUACAUCACCAGUACAUAUGCCAGCUGCAGCCUUGAAGACAUUGUCAACACUGCCCCCAGAGGACUCCGAUGGUUCCAACUCUAUGUCCAUCCAGACAGGCAGCUCAACAAACAACUGAUCCAAAGGGUUGAAUCACUGGGAUUCAAGGCUCUGGUAAUCACUGUGGAUGUACCUGUGCUUGGCAACAGGAGGCAGGAUGUUAGAAACCAAUUGGAUCUGGUGAUGCAUCUAACGCAAACCCAUCUUCAAUCAACCAAAGAGAAAAAUUCAGUACCUCAUCUCCAAAUGUCUCCCAUUAGUACAUCUCUCUGUUGGAAUGAUCUUGCAUGGCUUCAGAGUAUAACUCGAUUGCCCAUCAUCCUUAAAGGGAUCUUAACAAAGGAGGAUGCAGAGUUAGCUGUGAAGCACAAUGUUCAUGGCAUCAUUGUUUCCAACCAUGGUGGGAGACAACUUGACGAAGUUCCUGCAUCAAUCGAUGCUUUGACAGAAGUGGUGGCUGCUGUGAAAGGGAAAAUUGAGGUGUACAUGGAUGGUGGGGUCCGAACUGGCAACGAUGUGCUGAAGGCUCUGGCCCUCGGGGCUAGGUGUGUUUUCCUCGGAAGACCCAUCCUGUGGGGUCUGGCCUACAAGGGUGAACACGGGGUUGAGGAAGUUUUGAAUAUUUUAAAACGUGAGUUCCACACUUCUAUGGCCCUAACAGGUUGCAGGUCAGUUGCUGAGAUCAAAAAGGACCUGAUCCAGUUCCCCAGACUGUAA